AUGAACCCCUCCACCAUCAUCGCCUUCAUGGCAACCCUCCUCAUGGCCUCGGUCAUCGCCAGCCCAGCCGGCGAGAACGGCAUCGUCAAACGCUACGACUGCAAGGAUUGUGUUCGCGGUCCAUGCGAGUGUGAUGAUGAUUGA